GUCUUCACUGUGGAUGCCAUGUUUGUGUCUUAUCUAUCGUAGGUCCUGCAGGGAAAUGGUGUGACUAUGUCUCUCAUCAUACCGUCCCUCAUUGGACUUGAUAAAACCUUGGAGAAUUGUGUCACCAACUACACCCACUUCUGCAAGGCCCUGCGCACAGGCCUCUACACACACUUCCAGCCAGUGAUUCACCAGAAGGACAUGAUACUAGCUGCUGUGCUGGAUCCUAGGAUCAAACUGCAGCCGUUUUCUGAUGACAACCAGGAUGAACAGAAUGAUUUCCUAACACCUCCGUCAAAAUCUGAGGCUCGCAGCAUUGUUGAGUCCACAUUAGAAAACAUGGAAGCCUCAACUUUUCCUACUGUUGAGGCAGAGAAAGAUCAGACAGGCAGUGGGCUGGAGCACGAUGUGAAAGAAGAAAGCCAGACAGAUGGCGUGAUGGACACUUGUGCUGGCAGCUCAGACAACAACUGUCCUGAAAUCAGUGAAAACGACCUCAAGAGGAAGUCCAUCUUCAACUUCCUUCAGCUGCCUGCAAAGACUCUAAAGAUGUCAGAGUUCGAUGUGUACCUGUCUGAACCGCUGUGGGAAAGCAACUCUACUCUUCAGUACUGGAAAUGUGCUUCUCGAUUCCCGAAGCUCCAAGGCCUCGCCAAGAAGCUGCUGGCGGUGCCCGCCACAUCUGGAGGUUUUGACCGUUUCAGUCCGAUGGCUGCGUGCAUUGUGAAAGCAAAAAGGAACCGCUUGCCACCUCACACCACAGAGAGACUGCUACUAUACAAAAACUCUGUAAAAGUGAAGACUGUUAAAAAGCCCAGUCGGGCUGCUAAACACUGAUGGAUAACAGCUGAGUGUGGCAGAGGUUUCACAGCAUUAAACAGAAACUCUGCCUCUACUUUUAAAAACUGUGCCAUACGCUAAGAAGGAGGGUGAACUGCUAAUACCUCUUAUAUUGUAGCAAAUGAAUCAGCUGACUCUUUCUUCCUAGAACGCAUUUGCUGGUCUGCAUUAAAAAAACAAAACAACAAGUCCUGUGUUACAGCUGGUUUCAUCAGUUUGUUAAAAGGACGCAUUCUGGUCAAUGAUCCUCACAGCUUCAUACCUGCAGCAGCGAUAGAGAUGCACACUGUCUCUGCGUGCUGUACGGUGCUGCUCAGAGUUGUACUUUGUCCCUUCCACACAUGAUUCAAGUCAGAGCUCUCUACUGGAUUGGGAAAUGGCAAAUUAGAAAUGGAGUCGGUGAAUGAAUGGCAUCUGAUUCACUUCAAACCAAAAUGAGUUCAGCUUGUAUCGUUCUUUUGCAGAAUUUCAUGU